GGACCCUGACCCCUCUCCUCUCCUGGCAGCGAGAAGCCCCCUGCGUACCAGCGGUUCCACAACCUCGCCCAGGACCUGCCCCCAGGGCUCACGCUGCCCUACAAGUUCAAGGUGCUGGCAGAGAUGUUCCGCAGCAUGGACACCAUCGCCGGGAUGCUCUUCAACCGCGCCGAGACCAUCACCUUCGCGAAGGUCAAGCAGGGGGUGCAGGACAUGAUGCGCAAGCAGUUUGAGGAGCAGCACGUGGGGCAGAUCAAGGCCGUAUACCCCAGCUCGUACAGGCUGCGCCAGGAGAAGAACAUCCCCACCUUCGGCAACAGUGUGAAGAAGUCUGACUACCAGCUCACGCUGGAGCCGGUGCUGGAGGAAGAGGAGAAGGUGGAUGGCCGCCCGCACUUGUCGGCGUCGCGCUUGCUGGAGCGCAGGAAGGAAUUCAACCGCAACCUGGUGAACAUUGUCAAGCAGCACCACAAGGCGUUCCUGGCUGCUCUCAGCCCUCCCAUGGUGGUGCCAGAGGACAGGCUGACCCGCUGGCAUCCCCGCUUCAAUGUGGAUGAGGUGCCGGACAUCAGCCCGGCGGAGCUGCCGCGGCCGCCCCAGGAGGACAGGCUCACCACGGCCCAGGAGGUGCUGAGCACGGCUCGGGGGAUGCUGAGCCCCAAGAUGGAAAAAGCUCUUGCCAACCUGGCCUUAAGAACCGCUGAAGCCAGUGCGGGGGAACCGGUGGUUUCCAAAGCAUCGUCCCCUGCCAGCACCUCCAGUGCUCUCAAAGGGGUGUCCCAGGCUCUGCUCGAGAGGAUCCGGGCGAAGGAGGCGCAGAAGCUGCAGGCGCUGAUGACGCGGGACCCGCGGCAGGAGGAGCGGCUCGCCAUGCUGGGGCGGCUGCCGGCCAUGGCCCGCACCCUGCGCAACAUCUUCGUGGCCGAGAAGAAGCAGGCGCUGACCAUGGAGGUGGCUUGUGCCCGCAUGGCCGAGAGCUACGACACGCAGAUGCCUCCCGGCGAGAUGGAGAAACACUUGCGCCUCUUCGCGGAGCUGCUCCCCGACUGGGUGGGGAUCCACGCCAUCAGGACGGACACCUACAUCAAACUGGACAAAGGGAAGGAGCUCGGCCUCGUGAUGGAGAGGCUCAGCAAGGCGGCAAAGGAGGCAGAGGCUCUGUGAGCCCCCCAAGGGUCGAGGCUUGCCCCGUGCAAUCUCUAAAUGUAGCAAAUCCCGACUGUUCUCUGGGGUCUGGCGUCGGCUGACGGGAGGCUCACCCUCAGCGGUGUCUGAAGAAGAGCAAAACGCCUUAAUUUAAUUCCUCUGCUGGGGUCCGUGAUGAUCGUAGCUCCCCUGACCCUCGAGCUGAAGGCAGGCGGUCCUGCAUCCUGGGGUGACGAUGCACAAGCGGUGAAGAGGAGCUCGAAACCUCUCCUCGGCUUCGCUGCGUUCUCCUGAAGGUUUGAUGCAGGAGGUUUCUUCCGUUAACUGGGCCCUGGUGGGGUGGAGGCAGGAUGGGGCAGGGUGAGGGUGACAGGCAGGAAUGAGUGAGAGAAGAAGUCACAAACUGAUGUUUUUGGAGCUCUGGGCCUUGUUCUGUUUUUAAGGGAGGGAAAAACGCAUCUCCAGCACUCGCUGGAAACAACUACAGGACUUGUCAAAACAUCUUUGUAUUAAAUGUUUUAAAUAUAGCUGACUUGAGUUAACCCAGCGCUCUUCC